CGGGCUUGGGACCGGCACAGAAGUCACUGGCUUGUAACUCCUGUGGCUAGAUUGGAUGUAACCUUAUAUAUAUGGUACAGAUAUGAGAGCGGUAUCAACUGGUCUCGGUUAACAACGAAAAAUAUACACAAAAUACUGAGCUAUUAAUUUAACAUGUAUUUCAAGUUAGCUAGGUAUUAUAUUCUCCUAAACAUUACGACCCCAAAACCUGUUGCAUGUUUACCUUUUUUUUACGCGAUGACGUCACUGGGGUUGGGGGGGUGGGAGUUGAUCGGUACAUAGCAACGGUUCCUUUGAUGCGCUUCUGACGUCAGAAGAGGGCAUUGUGGUGGCCGUGCUGAUUUGCUCUUUCACUCAGUGAAUUUUAACAUAUUCAGCUAACAGAACCAGUAAUACCAAAAUUCAGGAAACGCGAAUAACGAACAAACAGAAUGAAUAAGCCUACAGCAGAAAUACUUGAAUCCCAGGACAUGGACCUAGAAAAUGUUAUCGUUCCACGUAUCGAAAGCAUUUUCACACAGUUGAGCAGGCAACAGAUAGAAUUGGUCAAAUCUGGCGAGCCAGAUGAUUUCACAAAAGACUUGUUUGCGAAGCUGAUGCUGGAUCUUGUUGAAAGCCUGACGAAGGCACUAGCUGAGGGUCUGAAUGACAAAUGUGUACCCGUGCAACAGCAUGUCCUUCUUUCAUAUUUAUCCAAAGCACUCAGUGUGAGUUUUUCCGAGACCUGCCACGUUAAACAGGCCUACACAGAAAUCUUGGACGACUUAAUUUCAACGGAGGUCAAAGGAAGCCUUGAGUGCCUGUCCAGUGAGGACUGCAAGACCACCCCAUGCAUACCGACUGAUAGCACUGACCAUAUCGGCAGAAAGUCGAAGACACUAGCAGAGAAGGUGAAAUCUAUCUGCCCAAGAUGCAUUUUGAAGAGAAGGCCCAGCUGCACAGAGGCACCAGUCAGCUCACAAAGUGCAGUGGCUGCCCAGGACACAAAAAGCCAUGAACUGUUAGAAAUAGCAGAAACACGUUCAGAUGAGCUGAUGGAAAGUGAAUUAUACAACGAAGCUAAAAGAAUCACAACAGACAUCAUUACAGCAGUUAUUGGGCGUUUAUCAGAAGAGGAUUAUGAACAGUCGUCCCCAGCAUUCACAUGCACAACUUGUCUGAAAAAAGCGUGCAGAAACGUCAUCAUUUUUACAAAGCAGCUGGCCAAAGAUUUAGUACAUCAGAUAGUGGUGGAAAUAAAGGAAAGAUUCCGCCCUGACUCUGAACCUGAAGAUGCAGAGUCCAUAAGAACACUCAAGGACAGUGUUGACACUCUGAUUGUGGCAGUUACUGAUGACAGUGAUGAAAAUGAUGACAUCUCUGUGCUUCAGAACUACAAAAAUAUCUUCAGUAGUAAGGCUCAGAAAUUCACUAAAGGACUGAGUGACCUCAUAUACAAGCACAUUAAAUCCAGGAGAGGAGCAGAUGUUACUCCAGAGCCACUUCCAGAGAGCAGUUCUUGCACAUCGGAGUCUGUUGGGCCAUCAGACGCCACCAUGUAUGCUCGCAUACAAGGACAAGUGCAGAACUGCUUGGAACUAAUAGGGCAGUUUAUCAGACGUCAAACUAAGAGACAUGAUGAUGUCAGGCAGGUGUUCCAUGGAUCUGGGACUGAGACACUGGCACAAGAACAGCCCCUGGACAGCAACAAGGGUUCCCUGUCCAGUGAGGACUGCAAGACCACCCCAUGCAUACCGACUGAUAGCACUGACCAUAUCGGCAGAAAGUCGAAGACACUAGCAGAGAAGGUGAAAUCUAUCUGCCCAAGAUGCAUUUUGAAGAGAAGGCCCAGCUUCACAGAGGCGCCAGUCAGCUCACAAAGUGCAGUGGCUGCCCAGGACACAACAAGCCAUGAACUGUUAGAAAUAGCAGAAACACGUUCAUAUGAGCUGAUGGACAGUGAAUUAUCCAAAGAAGCUAAAAGAAUCUCAGCAGACAUCACUAGGGACAUUUUAGGGUCUGUAUAUGAGGGGUAUUAUGAUCAGUUACCUCAGUCUUUUACAUGCACACCUUGUCUGUUUGAUGUACGCAGACACUUGAAGGUCUGUUUUACAAAGCAGCUGGCCAAAGAUUUAGUACAUCAGAUAGUGGUGGAAAUAAAGGAAAGAUUCCGCCCUGACUCUGAACCUGAAGAUGCAGAGUCCAUAAGAACACUCAAGGACAGUGUUGACACUCUGAUUGUGGCAGUUACUGAUGACAGUGAUGAAAAUGAUGACAUCUCUGUGCUUCAGAACUACAAAAAUAUCUUCAGUAGUAAGGCUCAGAAAUUCACUAAAGGACUGAGUGACCUCAUAUACAAGCACAUUAAAUCCAGGAGAGGAGCAGAUGUUACUCCAGAGCCACUUCCAGAGAGCAGUUCUUGCACAUCGGAGUCUGUUGGGCCAUCAGACGCCACCAUGUAUGCUCGCAUACAAGGACAAGUGCAGAACUGCUUGGAACUAAUAGGGCAGUUUAUCAGACGUCAAACUAAGAGACAUGAUGAUGUCAGGCAGGUGUUCCAUGGAUCUGGGACUGAGACACUGGCACAAGAACAGCCCCUGGACAGCAACAAGGGUUCCCUGUCCAGUGAGGACUGCAAGACCACCCCAUGCAUACCGACUGAUAGCACUGACCAUAUCGGCAGAAAGUCGAAGACCCUAGCAGAGAAGGUGAAAUCUAUCUGCCCAAGAUUCAGUUCAAAAAGCUGUCAAGCUGAGAGCCACGAUGACAGGCGGGCGUUCCAUGAAUCAGGGACUGAGACACUGGCACAAGAACAGCCCCUAGACAUCAGUGUUGUGGAAGAUAGGACACCUGUGGAAUCUGAGGAUCCAGAACUGCAGACAAAGAAAAAGGAGCUGUUUCUCAGGUUGCUGCUGGAAAGGCUGAUGUCAAAGACAUACAAAAAAGCAAAAAUAGACAUUAGAUUAGGAAGGCUCGAAGCCAUUAUUGAGAAAUUAUAUGAUGAAACGUGGGCCGAGCUGAAAGACAUUGACUUUGACACCAGCAGAAAAUGCGAAAAACUCCCGAAGGUCAUUUUCAAAGAACUUUAUAAGAACUCGAACAACUCACAUAUGCGACUUCUGGUUUCCAUGCACGAAGAGACAAAAAAAGUGGCAAAAUGCAUCGCCUUAUCUAUCAGAUCUCACCUGACAAAACCAAAACGGUGUAGCCCCAUCUCCAAUUUCUUCUCGCGUCUGCGUGGCCAAAUCUUCAGACAAAAAAACAGAGUUGGGGUUGUUUAGGUGAAUGUAAGACCAGAGUCUAAAAAAGAGUUCCAGUCCUGCCUCACAUGAAGGUUGCCUUCUGCCACAGUGUCCUGGUCUCCUGGUUGUGAGGCAGUUCUUGGUCUCGGGUCACCCCAGUGGACAGCAGUGUGACAUAUAGAUAGCCAGGAUCCUAUUUGAGUGUUAUGGUUGUCUACUGUGGUGUCGUGGGUUUUCUCCAGGCACUCUGGUUUCCCCCACAUUCUUAAAAAAAACUGGUUGUCUACUGUGGUGU